AUGAAAAUUUUCACAUUAUGGGCUGGGCUUGCGGCCGUUGCUUUCUCAGCUAGCAUCAGCCGUCCUUCAGCCUCAGGCCAUGACGACGAAGUCCAGCUCCCUCUCGUUAUUUGGCACGGGCUAGGCGAUGACUUUGAACGCGACGGCCUGAAAGAGGUAGCCUCUUUGGCCGAGUCUGCCAACCCAGGGACAUAUGUGCAUAUCAUCAGAUUGGCAGAGACGGGAAGCGGUGAUCGCCGAGCCACCUUCUUCGGGAACGUCACGGAGCAAAUCGAAACCGUCUGCGAGCAACUCGCGUCAAACCCGAUCCUGAGCACCGCCCCGGCAGUCAACGCCCUUGGCUUCUCGCAAGGAGGGCAGUUCCUGCGUGGCUAUAUCGAGCGCUGUAACAACCCUCCUGUGCGGAAUCUGGUCACAUUCGGGAGCCAGCACAAUGGCAUCUCAGACUUCCAAUCCUGCUCGCUGGGCGACUGGCUUUGCAAUGGAGCCGAAGCACUUUUGCGGUCCGGACGCUGGACUGACUUUGCGCAGGGCCGCGUGGUUCCUGCUCAAUACUUCCGUGAUCCUACCGAGUUAGAUGCAUAUCUCGAGAACAGUAACUUCUUGGCAGAUAUCAACAACGAGCGCGAAUUGAAGAACGUGGACUACAAGAAGAGACUGCAGUCUCUGAAUAUCUUUGCCAUGUAUAUGUUUGACGAUGACACGGUCGUUGUGCCAAAGGAGAGCGCUCUGUUUGCCGAGGUUAACUCCACCGACGGCACGGUGACCCCCUUGCAGGAGCGACCAAUUUACAAAGAGGACUGGCUGGGAUUGAAGGCCCUUGACGACCAGGGCAAGCUUCAUUUCAAAUCUGCUCCCGGUCAACAUAUGGAAUUGUCAGAGGAGCUGCUCAAAAAGACCUUCAAAACGUACUUUGGUCCCGUUGAUGAAGAUGAAUCGGCCUCGUUGCCACGAUUGUUGGCUCAGCCGGGAUACUGA